CUAAGAAACGUGGGUUGUAUGUUAUCAAUCUGUAAAAUUUAUUUAGAAAAUCGAAAUUUUUGUGUACGAAUGCAAUGCCCCAGUUUACAUGCAUCAACUGCGAUGUACGUUUUGCCAAUCCGGAAAUUCAGCGCGAGCAUUACAAAACAGAUUGGCACCGUUACAAUCUCAAGCGGCGUGUAGCAGAGCUACCACCCGUGGCUGCCGAGGAGUUCCAGCAGCGGGUACUGAGCGCUCGAAGUGCUACAGAAACCGCCAUAAAGGAGAAAAAUAUGAGCAUUUACUGCAAUGCAUGCCGCAAGCAAUUUGGUAGUCAGAAAGCAUAUGACAAUCACCUUAACAGCAAAAAGCACAAGGAAUGUUUGGUAAAAUAUGCACAGUCUGUGGAAACAGAGCCUGGAUGUAGUAGAAUAACCAAGGAUUUGUGCCACAAGAGCAUUCUGAAGCCGCGGCAACAUCCCGGCUUAGCAUGUAAAAGCCGAUUCGCGUUUACCGAGCGCGCCGUAGCUAUGAGUGCGGAUAAUGAUGAAGAGGACAGUGAUUUUGAAGACAUCGAAGAGGAGGAAGAGGUGGACUCAGACGAAUGGGACAAAAUUGCGGAAAAUCCGCUCACGGAAAAUGAUUGCCUAUUCUGCAAACACACCAGCAACGAUCUGGUUGACAAUUUGAAGCAUAUGUCAGUGACACAUUCCUUCUUUAUACCCGACACGGAGUUUUGCACCGAUAUUGAGGGUCUGUUAUACUACCUUGGUGAAAAGGUCGCCAAUUACUUUAUAUGCAUUUGGUGUAAUGACCGCGGCAAGACCUUUUACUCGCUGGACGCUGUACGCAAGCAUAUGGUGGAUAAGGGCCACUGUCAGAUGUUGCACGAGGGUAUGGCACUGGCGGAAUAUGCAGACUAUUACGACUAUAGUAGCAGCUAUCCUGAUCAUAAAGAGGGCAUGGACAUUGACGAAGAGGUGGUGCCCGAACUGUUGGACGGUGAUGAGUAUCAGCUGGUAUUGCCAUCUGGCGCGGUCAUUGGUCAUAGAUCCCUGCUGCGCUACUACAAACAGCACUUGAAUCCAGAACGCGCAGUGGCGAUAAGGAAGUCCGAUCGGAAAUUGCACCGCGUUCUCAGCGAAUACCGUGCGCUUGGUUGGACUCAGACGCAGCAGCAUGCGGCGGCACGCAAGGCACGCGAUAUUCAUCUAAUGAAGCGAGUGCAGUCUAAAUGGCAAAUGCAGUUGGGCACGAAGGCCAACAAACUGCAGAAACACUACCGUGCCCAGAUACUUGUUUAAGCAAACAUGUACCGUGUAUGUAUACAGAUGUUGAUUGAUUGAAGAAAACAAAAUCGAAUGUUUUCUUGCUUUUUGCUUUAAACAAGCAUUGUUUUCUUUACACUAGCAAUUUUUUCAAAUAAAAUU